UCACUUACCAGUCUUCCACCUCCGGUGCUGAUCUAGCAGGAGCCUGACGAGCUGGCCAGACUCAAGCUCUGCACCAAAUAUUACCACCCUGGCGACGGCUCCGGAGCGUCACUGACAACCACCCGGAAAUGGUAUUAUCGCUUCCGGGGCUGCCUAGCGCGCGGCGGGAAAUUAUUUCCCAGAGCCCGGAUUAGUGAAGCAGUUGAGUGUUGCAGCGGCAGUCGUCGCCCCUGCCGCCGCCGCCACCGAAGGAAGCAUCCCAGGCACUUCGGCCGGGAAGAUGGAAGAUGGUACUCCAAAGCAUAUCAUCCAGAUGACAGGAUUUAAGAUGGAAGAAAAAGAAGCGCUAGUCAAAUUACUUUUAAAACUAGAUUGCACUUUUAUUAAGAGUGAGAAAUACAAAAAUUGUACACAUCUUAUAGCUGAACGCCUAUGUAAGAGUGAAAAAUUUUUAGCAGCUUGUGCGGCAGGAAAGUGGAUACUAACCAAGGACUAUAUAAUUCAUAGUGCCAAAAGUGGCAGAUGGCUUGAUGAAACAACUUAUGAAUGGGGAUAUAAAAUUGAAAAAGAUUCCUGUUAUUCACCUCAAAUGCAAUCUGCACCUAAAAGAUGGCGUGAAGAACUGAAACGCACUGGUGCUCCAGGAGCCUUCCACAGAUGGAAAGUUGUCCUCCUUGUUAGAACUGAUAAGCGAAGUGAUUCUCUUAUAAGAGUUUUGGAGGCUGGAAAGGCAAAUGUUAUUUUACCAAGAAGUUCACCAAGUGGAAUAACUCAUGUGAUUGCCAGUAAUGCAAGAAUUAAAGAUGAGAAAGAAAAAGAUAACUUUAAGGCUCCAUUUUAUCCCAUUCAGUAUCUAGGGGAUUUUCUUUUAGAGAAAGAAAUUCAGAAUGAUGAAGAUUCCCAAACCAAUUCUGUUUGGACUGAACAUGGCAAUGAAGAAAAAAACAAAGAUUUAAGGAAAGAUGCAGGAUUUCUUGAAAUGAAAGGUGCCUUAAGAGAGACCAUGUAUAGAACCCAGAAAGAAAUGCAAAAUCAUGAUGAAGAUGUUAAUGCUGGUUCUAUUUUGACUCAACAUCACCAAAAAGAAAAAUUCAGUGGUUCCAGUAAAGAUUUGAAAUUUGUUAAAAUGAGAAAUACCUUUGGAAGGCAUAUAUAUGAAAAUCAGAAGGAAAUUAAGAAAAAAGGUGAAGAUACUCAAAGGAGUUAUACUUUGAGGAGAAAACGCAAGAAAGAAAAAGAAAGCAAUUGCAAGAAAGAUGUUGAACAUGAAAAAAUAAAAAGUACCUUAAGAAGGCACAUAUAUAAUAGAGAUCAGAAAGAAAUGAAAAAUUCUAUUUUUGCUGAAUAUGCCAAAGAAUCAAAAGCCAUGGCUAUCAAGACAGAUGUGGAUGUUGUUGAAAUAAAAAAUACCUUAAGGAAGCACAUAUAUAGAGCUCAGGCUGUCAGAUAUAACUGCAUUAGAAUAGAUAAACAACCAGUGUACAACGUAGAGGUUAAAAAUGCUGAAUUUCCCAGAGGUGUAUUAAAUUUAAUUGAAAGCCUCAUAGAAGGACAGUUUUUUAAAGAAGCAAUUGAGGAACUUUGCACUUUGCAGGCACAUUAUAUCCCUCCCGUAUGUGUUCUUCAUGCCCUCCUAGAGAACGUUCUACAGGAUAACAUAGAUACAUUUUCUGGUCGAUACUUUCAUAUAUUGUCAGCUCUUCUUCACCUGCAUCCUCCUUGGAAGUCUCCAGCCAUGUCAAGAUAUUAUUUAGAGUUGUUUCAGUGUCCAACUUGUAUGAAAGGAGCAUGGUCUUUAGUAGAAGUCCUUAUCAGGUCUUGCCUUUUCAAUGAAAGCUUUUGUCAUCAAAUUUCAGAAAAUAUUGGCUCCAAGGUGCUCCACCUGACGCUGCUCAAAUUUUUCUUUAAUUUAAUUGAAAGUGAAGUACAACAUCUGAGUCAAAAGUUGUAUGACUGGUCAGAUUCUCAGAAUCUGAAAAUAACAGGAAAGGCAAUGCUUCUUGAAAUUUUUUGGUCAGGAAGUGAAACCUCUGGGCUUUUGACCAAACCAGUAAAUAUGCUUUUGGAAUGGACUAUAUAUUCUCACAAGGAAAAAUGCAAGUCUAAUGAUGUCUUCAAACAUGAACUAGCUUACUUAUUGGCUGGAAUUCUUGGAGCAGCAAUAGAUUAUUGGAUUUUCCUUGGUCUUAAGAUGGGUAAAAAUGUGAUGCGACACAUGUCUGAUGACUUAGGAAGUUAUAUUUCUCUUUCGUGUGAUGACUUUUCUUCACAAGAAUUAGAGAUUUUCAUUUGCUCCUUUUCCUCCUCCUGGCUUCAAAUGUUCGUUGCAGAGGCAGUCUUUAAAAAGUUGUGUCUACAGAGCUCUGGCAGUGUUUCUUCUGAGCCACUCUCUCUUCAGAAAAUGGUAUAUUCCUAUUUACCAGCCUUGGGGAAAACUGGUGUGCUUGGGUCUGGAAAGAUUCAGAUAUCAAAGAAAAUAGGACAGCGGCCUUGUUUUGACUCUCAGAGAGCCUUACUAAUGCUGAAUGGUACUAAACAAAAACAAGUCGAAGGGCUGCCAGAGUUCCCAGACCUGAACCUUGCUAAAUGUUCCUCAUCAUUAAAAAAAUUGAAAAAGAAGUCAGAAGGAGAAUUGUCAUGUUCCAAGGAGAAUUGCCCCUCUGUAGUUAAAAAGAUGAAUUUUCACAAGACUAAUCUAAAAGGAGAAACAGCCCUGCAUAGAGCUUGCAUAAGUAACCAAGUGGAGAAAUUGAUUCUUCUUCUCUCUUUGCCAGGAAUAGACAUCAAUGUUAAAGACAAUGCUGGCUGGACGCCUUUGCAUGAAGCCUGUAACUAUGGCAACACAGUGUGUGUCCAGGAAAUUUUGCAACGUUGUCCAGAGGUAGAUCUGCUCACUCAAGUGGACGGGGUUACUCCUUUGCAUGAUGCACUGUCAAACGGACAUGUAGAAAUUGGCAAGCUGCUACUACAGCAUGGGGGCCCAGUGCUUUUACAGCAGAGGAAUGCUAAGGGAGAAUUGCCCUUGGAUUAUGUGGUUUCACCUCAAAUCAAAGAAGAACUGUUUGCUAUUACAAAAAUAGAAGAUACAGUGGAGAACUUCCAUGCACAAGCAGAGAAACAUUUUCAUUACCAGCAACUUGAAUUUGGCUCCUUUUUACUUAGUAGGAUGUUGCUAAAUUUUUGUUCAAUUUUUGAUUUAACUUCAGAGUUCAUUUUAGCUUCCAAAGGGUUAACUCAUCUAAAUGAACUGCUUAUGGCUUGUAAAAGUCAUAAAGAAACCACCAGUGUUCAUACUGACUGGUUAUUGGAUCUUUAUGCUGAAAAUAUAAAGACAUUGCAGAAACUCCCACAUAUUCUUAAGGAACUGCCUGAGAAUUUGAAAGUGUGUCCUGGGGUACACACUGAGUCCUUGAUGGUAACAUUGGAAAUGAUGUGUCAGUCAGUCACGGAGUUUUCAUGAUGAUGCUAGAAAGUAUGGAUUGACUUUCUGAAUCUGUUCAGUUUGCAUUGGUACUUACUGUGGACUUCAUAGCUUACUGACAGAUAGUAAUUUGAUUUAUUUAUUGACAGACUUUGCAGCCUUGCUAAAUUUUAAAAGCAUUUUUUAAAACACUUCUACAAAACUCUAGUAUGGGCUUCUGACUUUUUCCAGGGUGUGGUAUUUGACUCAGAAGUAAAAAUAAUUUUGUUUUAGUAUAUUCUACUUUGAUUAAUUUUUUUUGUUCUGAAAGUGAUAUUAUAUUGUACAUGUAAAAUUAAUUUAAAUAUUUUUUCAAAUCAGAAUGUAAGUGUUCUGUAUUCUAGAUGUUUUAGGUCUUAGAAUCAUGGCAAGCAUAUUCAUACAAAUGUGUACUUAUAAACUUGUAGCUCCUGACUCUUAGGGAUGGAUUUUGAGGAAAAAACAAGACUAAACAAAAACAUGUAGCUCCCUAUUUUUUCUCUCUAGGUUGUUGGACUGAAAUAUGCAUUUUAGCUUUGUGUGUUUCUAAAAUAAACAUUUCUAAAAUUUACAGUAAUAAUAUUCUUUUGGUUUUUAAAUGCAGCAAAUAUGCAGAGUCUGACAAUUCAAUUCCUUGAUGUUUUAUUUUAGCAGUUCAUAUACAAAAUGUAUCUGUUGCUGCCCUAUGUAACCAAUAUUCUGUACCUGAAAACAUUCUGCUGCAUAAGUUUAUGAGUUUAAUAUUAAGAUUAUGAGUGGCAUCUAAGUAAUAGAUUUGAGAUUAUUUAAGAUCUUAAUAUAUAGUAUGAAUUUACUGGGUGGUAAUGUUUUAAUUUGCAGUUUUUCCUAGUAGCAGUUUGUAGUAAAACUAAAAGGGUGUGGAUAAUAACCACUUUUGAAAUUGGAGUUUCUUCGCUACUGGGAGUAAGUUACAUUAUGAUACAGGUGGAAAAUAAACACUUCCAUUUAGCUUUUAUGUAAUUCAAGUGAUGACUUUAGCAGUUAAUCUGCUAAAGCAACACACUUCAGUUUUAUUUUGGAAAUAGAUAUUUUAACAAGAUACAAAUGCUUAGUAUCAUAUUACUGGGUUUGUAAUCUAAAUUGAAAACUGCUACAUCAGUAUGAAAAAAUAUUUUAAAUAAGUACUUUUUCACACAUACUCAGGAAAUACUAGUUUCUAUUUAGCCUUCAAAUUUGGCAUCAUACAAAUCUCUUUAUUAUUAAUCUGCCAAAGUAUCAGAGAAAAAAUGAUAUAGUGAAGACUAUCUAAGAAAAGUUUAAAUACUUAUAGAGAGUAAAGUGCUUCUCCAGAUGAUGAAUAAGAACGUUUUUUAUUCCAAUGAGUACCUCUUUACUUCACUUGUAAAGGUGUCUGGGAUAGUGUUUGCUUGGUAAACUAAUAUAAACUUGUAAACAUAGGCUUUGACAUCAUACACAUUUUCAAAUCCUUGUCUAGUUUCUUAAUAAAUAAAUUGCAAGGCAAAUUCUUUUCUGAGCUUUGGCUUUCCUGCAUGUCAAAUAGAAAUCACACCAGGUAUCUUUGUCAUGAUAGAAUUGUUAGCCUAUCACAUCAUAUGACACCUAAUAAAUAUUUCCUUUCUAAUUCUUACCUCCUCUUUUGAUUAUAAUGAAUCAUUUAGACAAAAGGCAAGAUAGUAAUUGUUUAAGUUGGUAGUAAUUCUAAGGUAAUUAAGUAAUCAACAUCAUGAGUUAGGGUUUUAUACUGUUAGUACAAAGUAGUUUUCCAAAUUAGAUGUUCAUAAGGUGUAUUUGUUUAAUUGCAUUUAGCAUUAAUAUUUCAUAAUUGACUCUUCUGUCUGCCAACUUCCACAAGCAAUGAUGACAUGAAGUAUGAAACAGAUGUCAUUGAGGUCUCUGCCUUUAAGAAGUUUUACACUUCUUCGAAAGUCCAACAUGGCAAACAUAGGUUACUGUGUUCUGUGCCCUGGCUAACAAUACCAGUAUAUGAGUAUGAAUUUAAAUUUUCAGGAAAAGGCUUCAUUACUUCUUAUACUUUAUUUUAGAAAGCAUAAUAAUAAUUGCCUUGAAUAAUUGCCCAAAUCUAUCUUGGAGGUAUAGGAAGAAGAAAUUCUCAAUAAGUAAAGUAUAAUUCAUAGUCUUAGUCCUAGAUUUUCAAUUGCAGACUUUUCAAAGUUGCAUCUGAAGACAAGGUUGAGAAAUGCUGUUCUUCAUUAUAUUUUGCCAGAUAUGAUAUCAUAGUUCUAUGGAAUCGUAUUUUUAAAAAUUUCUAUAAGAGACCUUAUUACAGUGUAAAUAAAGCUGGAGAGGAGAUUUCUGAGCAGUUAAGAUUCAGCUUUUCCCCAUGCAGUGUUUACUGGCAGUUUCUUAAAUCUCUUUGAGGUUAGAAUUUUCUAGGUUGUUAAUUUUUAAUUUCACUUUGCAGAAUAAAAUCAUCCAAGUAUAUAUAUAUAUAUUCUGUCAUUUUAUUCAUUCCAAGAUGACCAGAAAAACAUUUAUCCUCAUAAAAGUCAAAUGUGAAAUUAAUUCUUUUGAAUUCAGCAUUUCUUGAACACCUACUCUGAACCAGGUGGUGUGCUUGACAAGGGCUAACUACAAAAAAAGAGGAAAGGCCCACAGUCUAGGAAGGUAAAUAAGGCUUAAGUAUUGUGGAUUUUAUUGUCUUCUACAUCUGCUAAAAAAUUAAUUUCAGUUUUGUAGGUUCCUGAAAUUUUCAGUAAUAAUUGGUGUUCUGUUUUAGUUUAUAAAUGUGAAUAUUCAAGUGUCCAGUACUUUAAUCCUUUGAUGAGUAUUAUUUUAGCAAUUUUAUUUUAGAGUGGAUAGGAUGUAGGGUGUGCUUUUGCAGUCUUAGUAUUUUUAAGCAAGCACAAAUGCAUUAACACUAAGAUACUUUAUAUAACCUCCAGAAAAUAUCUGCCAUUUUUGUUUAUGCUGUUAUAGAAAGUUAAUUAAAUGAAUACCUUCAUAUGAAAAAAAAUAUUCGUGGAAUGUGCAUUCCUUAUGCCUUUAUACACCUUUCCAGUUAAGCAGUGAACUUGAUGAGAACCUGUCACUGUUACUCCUUAAUCAGUAGGAAGGGGUCAUCUUUGAGUGACAUGAGGCACUCUUUCCCUGAGGCAUUUAUCACGUAGCUUUCACGCCAAUUGCACUUCCUGCUGACGUGGAGCUUGCAAAACGAGGAAUGAUAAUUGUUUUUAUGACAAAUGUGGAUUGAGUUAGAAAGUCAGUGAUAGCGUUAUUGGAAUUAGGCUCUGCCUGGUGUUGGCAAAACAGGAGACAUGGAAUUGUUAACUAUUCCUUGUAAAUCAAAAUAUGUUAUCAGAAAAUUCACCUUGUAGGUUAAAAUGAACUGUAGUUGGAGAAUAUACUUUGGUAGUUAUUUGCUGUGAUAUAUAUUUUGAAAUUAUUAUAGGCUAUAAAUUAAUUAGAAAAGGUUGAAGUGUUGUUUUACUUGGUUCUGAGCAUACAUUUUCAAGGUAAUGCAAAUCCUACUCAAAGAAGACCUUUUCAAAGGAAAUAAAACAUUUUUAACAUCAUUGAUUAUUACAUGUUUAAAAAGAGUUUGUCCUCUUAAAUACUAAUCUUACAGAACAUCUAAAAUAUGUACAAGCUGUUCCUAAUACUUCUUAUAUUUGAAUUUAUUACUAUGUCUUUUUUAGUGUAAGUAUAUAGUUUUGAUUAUAAAUACACUUAAACUGUGUUUUUUAAAAAGCUUGAAAUACAAUCCUUAGUACUAGAUAUAAGUGAUUUUUUUUUAGAAUGUUAUACUUUUUGUUUUUCAAGAGAUAUAUUGAUGAUCCCUCCCACCCCCUUUUUAAAACAGACGUAUAAUGAACUCUGUUCUGGGUUUUUAAACUACUUGCGGAAUUAAAGAUCAACAAUAUUAAGUCAGCAAAGUGACUAUUAAACCGUAUUUCUAACAAAAUACGCAAUAUUGUUAUAUAUGUAAUAUAUCAUACUGCCUUUAACAAAUAUAGAUCCCAAAAGCCCUUAUUCAAGUAUUUAUAGUUAUUUCCAAUUAGAAUUAAAACAUAUACUUCCAAAUUAGUCAUUUUUGUAUCAUGGCCCCAAAUCUUUUUAGAUGUAGAACCCAGAUUUGGUAGAUCUAAUCCUCUUCCUUGCCAAAGUAUCCGAGUUGGAUCAAGCGAAUGUUAAUGUAUUAUGGACGUUAAACAUUAAUAGAGAAUGGCUCACUAGUUUGGGACAUACAAUUUCAUUCUACCAAAGAGUGGAAGUUGAAACAAAAAACAAAACAAAACAAAAGGUUUAGCACUUCCAGAAAGUAAGAUGCGCUGAACUGAAAACUUGGAAUCCAGGUUUGAAUUUAUACCUAUCAUACUGUCAUUUAUCUUGAUAGUAGAUGAACUAAAAUUACCACUACUUCUCUAUUCUGUCUCAAAGUGAAAUAAAUAGUAAUAUUGAAAAAUCAUUAAUCUUAAAGUGUUGACAGAUGAAAAUAGUUUGUUGUCAGUGACUUCUCAACCUAAAGGUUAGGUCAACAGUGGUUUAUGUCAUGACUCUUAAUAAAUUUUUCUAAUGACCAGAAUAGUUUGAUUUAUGAUAGUUUUUUUGUUUUUGUUUAAAGGAAUAUAUAUCCUUGUUAUCUGGCUUCAUCCUAAAGAUGCAUUUUUCUACUUUGCAUUCGUUCCUUUUUACAUUAGAGAUAAAAUUACCGAGCAUAUUUAUGGGACCUGAAGAAUUACUUGUUCUCUGGUGAGACUUUUCAGAUUCGACACAGAAAAGCAGGGAGAAACUGGUAAGAUUAAAUGAUAGCUACAUUUAUUCAAAGAGUGUACCUUAAAUGGCUUUGAAAGGAUACUACUGUAUUAAGAAUUUUUUUCUUCUAUCAUCAAUCUGAAAAAAUAUCCACUUUGUAACUUAUUAUUUGCAACAUUAGUGCAGAUACAAACAACCCUCUGUUGAGAGAAUUCUGAGAGUGUCUUACCACAGCUCUCCAGAGCAUAUUAUUUUGCACCUCUUCUGUGAAGGCCGGCAGAAUAGCUUCUUGAAAGGUACUCUUUUAAGUAGUACAACUUAGAACAAUCUUUUUACAGUUGUGUUUUGUAUAAAUAUCCUGGAUAUCUACAUGGUAACUAUAGUACAACCUGAUAGUAUCAAUCUGUCAUUGAGGGGAAGAUUUCUUACCUACCGGUCAGGGCUGUUGUCACAGUUAUGGGAGGGAAAUCAAGUACAUAUGCAUUAAAUGUACUAUGUAUCAAGUACGUAGCAUCGUAGUGUGCAAGAUUGGAUGGUGAAUACUUGGUACCCCCAAUCCAUAAGUCAGAGUAUUUUGCUCUUGCUUAAAUUACCAAGUGCUGUAUGUUUUGAUUUUUAAAAAAUGUUUUUCUCUUACUUCUGAAAAUGUUUUUAAAAGUGAUGUUAAGCAAUUUCACACAAAUAAUGGAACAUCACAUUAAUCUGUUUAAAAACUCCUUUGUCAGAUAUGUAUAGUGUUUUCUGGAUGGCUUCUCGUGUGCUUCAAAGACCCUCUUAUGUUUGCUAGGUUCUCUGUUAAUGGAAACUGAAGUUUGUAAGAGUUUUAGGCUAAACGUAAGAGGUAGGUAUACCAUUGUGUUUUUUUGCUCAGAAAUUGUUAGCUACUUCCUCUAUUAUAAAACAAAGAUGACAGAAUUACAUACUCCACCUUGUAUAAUAGCAAAUAGGCACUUCUAUCUUUGUAAAAUUUUACAGAGAGCUUAUUAGUUCUUGACACUGACAAAUUGUUUUCCAUGGUUGCAGUGUUACAAGGUACACAAGAGAUUUUGACUUUUCAUAAUUACUACGGUAGAAAAGAAGAAUGUUUUGUGGGGCAUGUAGUUAUAAGGUUUCAGUUCUCUGAUAGCUUUAUUAAAAAGGGUUCUUUGAGCUUGGGACAAAUAUUGUCAUUUCCUUCCCCUCAUCUCUCUUCUGUGGUCCAGCUGUCUCUGUAACAAUGCUUGACUAUUCUCAGGUGUCUCCAGUAAUGCAAAAGGCAAGUAUGGGUAGUGAGGGCCGGGUGUGCUUUUUCUAAGAAUUUAGCAUUUCCUCCAAACCUGUCACCAUUUGAACUCUGGCAAAAUAAAAUCCCUCAAAUGGACUCAAGCCAUUUUGAGCUUGUCUUUGACUAGAAAGUGAAGCUGAACCUAUAUUAUCAUCUUUCUUCAGUAGUGGGAGCAAGUUCCCACUAGCAAGUGGGAGUGAGUUCCACUCAGCCAGGCCUCAGGAUCUCCUUAAAUGUAUUCCUCCAGAGAAAAUAAGAUAGUUUUCAGGUUCACUCAUUGACUCAGGUUGGCCACUCCUUUUCUCUUUGGAAGGAGCAUUGAAGAAUCUGUAGUAGGGGAUAAUUGCACUGCAAUUUUAAUUUUGCUACAUACUGAAAAAACUUAGGCACGGCUACUUACCUAAAACAUUUCCGCUUUCCUUGAAACAAAUCUUUCUGCCUAAUAUAAUAACACUUAAUUGACUAAAGCUGAACAGCAGUGUAUUUUACUUUGUAAAAAAUGGAGUAAUAAUUUUUCAGUGACAUUUGGAGGUACAGAUAAUCAUAUAAAUUUAAAAACCUGUCUUUACAAAAAUACUGCUUGUGCAUGUAAUAGAACACUUCUUUUGUUUGGGUUUUUGGUAGUUUUUUUUUUAAGCUUAGAAUGUCAGGGAAGAGCCCAAUAAAUUGAAACUCAUUUGAGGUCAAUUACAAUAUUUGAUUGUUUUUAUUUUUUGAUUCUUAACCCAGAUCCCUCCUUUGAAAAGCACAGAUAGAAUCAUUAAGUUCCAGGAAACCUUUCAUGGUGCUCUUGGUUUCUACAUUGUAUUGCUUUGGACAUUUGAUAGUUUUGCUUUGGACAUUUGAUAGUUUUUAUUUGCACACUAUUCUUUUUUAAUGAGAUUUUUCAAUAGUAUUUCUCAAAUUUUAGCCAUUCAGCUGAAACAAAUCUUAUAAUGUGACUGCCUCUAUACAAAUUGACACUAUAUAAAAGAAACCGAGGUACCAGAGGGUAACAUUUACA